AUGCGAUCGUCGACUAGUGAGCAGUCGCUGAGUCAGAAACCAUCCAUGGUGUCUUCCACAAUGAAUCAUGUGGAUUCAAGUGCUAUUUCCUUGCAGCUCAAGGACCUUCUUACACAACUACAUCAAUUGAGUGUAGAUAUUCGUGUCAGCAAUACGUCGUCGUCAAGCUUGACGUACUCGGUGAAGGACACAGGUGCAAGAAUAAAAGGUUUUUCGUCUCGUAGUGAUGUCCUGGGCGUUGAAUUGCUUGUUGUUGGUGACGUGCUCAAGGACAUCAAUGACGUGUCGGUUAUAAGUACGUCGUUUGCUUCCAUCACGCGCUUCUUGAAACACUCCAAAGCUAUUUGUAAGCUGUACUUCAGAAGCGUCUCCAAUGCUAGCACGACAAGUAAAUGUAGCAUGGGCAGCAAUCCUGCCGUGAGGGAACAGGAUAACGCCAUCUACUUGAAAGUGUCAAAGAUGCUCGAGACAACGCUAAAGAAGGUUUCGGCAGUGGAAGAAACUGUACGUCUGAGCUCAACCAUGUCAUUGUACACAUAG